GUCCCGCCCCUCCCCAAAGGAAGCCGCAGAGGCUGGGGAAGAAAGAAAGAGAAGAGGUGCCGCGCCUUCCGCGCAGCUUUCACUUCCGGUUCCCAUCGCAGCUCUUCGGCGCCCCCCAUGUGCGGGGAACCACAAAAUCUGUGACUGCACUUCAAGCGAUGGGGGAAGGAGAAUCCCAGAAAUUGCUUCCCCGGUUAAUUCAGGAAGGACAGCUCGCCCUUCUGAAGGAAGAGAUUGCCAGCAUAGAAGAUCUCGGCAGGGAUGUGACGAGGAAGCACUUUGGCCGGUCGGGGGACACAUUGCUCCAUUAUGCGGCACGGCACGGCCGGCUGAGCAUCCUCCGCUACUUAGCUGAGACCCUCCCAAUGGACAUUGAACUGUUGAAUAAUGAUUACAAGCGGCCUCUGCAUGAAGCAGCCUCCAUGGGUCACCGGGACUGCGUCUUGUAUCUGCUGAACAGAGGAGCUACGGUUGACUGCCUGAAGAAAGCAGACUGGACUCCACUGAUGAUGGCUUGUACGAGGAAGAACCUGGAGAUCAUCCGAGCCCUGGUCGAGCAUGGUGCGGACCCGCGGCUGAAGAACAAAGACGGCUGGAACUCUUUCCACAUCGCCAGCCGGGAGGGGGAUCCUGGCAUCGUCCAGUACUUGCUGGAGAUCUCUCCUGGCAUCUGGGACACGGAGAGCAAGAUCAAAAGGACGCCUCUCCAUACAGCAGCGAUGCACGGAUGCCUGGCGGUAGUGAAAAUGCUUCUUGAAAGGUGCAAGUAUGAACCAGACAGUGUGGACAAAUGUGGAGUCACGCCGUUUAUGGAUGCUGUACAGAGCGGGCAUAUCAAUAUCGCCCGACUGCUUCUAGAAAAACAUAAGGAAGGUCACACAAGCACGAUCGAGACGCUUCUGUCCCUCGGCGCUGAUCUGAACGCCAAGGAUGGGAAAAACCGAACUGCCUUGCACGUGGCAUGCGCCGGGCAGCAUGCGUCCUGCGUGCAAAUCCUCCUGCAGGCAGGGCUGCAGGAUUCUCCGGACCAAACUGGGACGUACGCACGGCAGCUCGCGAAGAAACCAAGCCUCCGUGAGCUUUUCAAAGAGGCUGAAGAUAUUUCAUGAAACUGGCUUGUAGUGAAGACAAUUAAAUUAUUUCCUUCCCACCAUCUCCUGCUGUUGUCUCUUGAUUGGACUGUUAAUACAAUGUACAGUAGGAUCCUCAUAUCCGUGGUCUGGGUAGCCA